UAGUCAAUUCACCCGUAUUGAAUAAAGGAGAGAAUUCCAUUUAAAUUGUCACUUGACGCGCUAGUUGAUUGAUCUUAAGUCCCCCUUGCGUUUACCGCCGGUACUAAAUUAACAUCUCAUGAAGUCUGUCACAAUCAUGAAGAGGCAUGUAAAGGACGGUCCUGACAGAAAAGGGUCUGAAAUUAUGGACAAUGGAAAACAGGGCAAUGAGAAGAAACCGUUUAAUAAAAAGAAGUACAGGUUACAGAAGUACAGCAAUAAAUAUAAAAUUAAUCAAUGGGAAGAGCGCAGGAAGAAAGCCAUCUUACGAGGUUUUUACAAGGAGCUUGAUACAAAUCAACAGAAAAUUCUAAAGAAACCAUCGACCUCUAAAAGUGAUGAUCAAAUUGAAAAUGAGAAACAACCAAAAAAGAUAAGCCCCUUUCAUAAAGCUAAGCAGGAAUUUUUACGUAAAAAAGAUGAAAAGAGGAAGAAGAAGGAGGAAGUAUCAAAAGUGAAAGAAGAACGAGAGAAAGCACUUAAGGAGUACAAGGAGAAAAGGAUGCAAACUUAUAAGAAACUCUCAAAGAAAACAAAGAAGGGACAACCUGUUAUGAAAGACAGAUUAGAAAUGUUGUUGGAAAAAAUACAGCAACAGGUAUCACAGUGAUAUCAGAGAAAAUGUGACAUACUUAUAGAGUAUGAAGUUUAAUAUUUUCAAAUUAACAUGAUGUUGAUUAAUUUUGUUAUU